AUGGAAUGGUUCGACCCCGCCGCCGUUGGAAUGCCGCCGGGCGACAUCUCCGAGGACAACCGGAAGAAGUUGUGGAUCCCGGAAAUUGCGCUGCAGAACACCUUGAAGACCGGCGUUGAGAUCCACUAUCCACCUGAGAUCAUCUUCAGUGAGAAGGGUCAUGUGGCGGCCAAGGUCCUCUACCAGGCCAUGAUGCAGAUGGAGAUCGACAUGCGGCUCUUUCCCUUCGACACCCAGCGGCUCAACAUCGUGCUAGGCCUCCGUGCGCGCCGUGACCGAGAUCGAGCUGUCUUUUGCCGGUUCUGCCACGUGGACAGCCAAAUCCGCCUCGACGAGUGGAAGUUGCUGGGCGCCUUCCACCAUACCGACCGCCCCGACGGCCGCGCGCGGGUGCAGUUCGGCGUGGUCAUCGGCCGCGGCUACAUGUACUACGUCCUCAACGUGCUGAUGACAUUGUGGGCCAUUGCUUCCUCGUCCUUCGCGGGGUAUUUGCUCCAGAUGCGGCCGCCCUUCGACCGGCUCCGCUUUUGCAUCUCCAUCCUCUUCGCCCAGACGACCUUCCGCCUGUCCAUCGACAGCAAGCUGCCCAUCGUCUCCUACGCCACGGCCUUCGAUCAUUUCGCGAUGGCCUGUCAGCUGCUGCUGCUUUCGAUCAUCCUCGGUGAUGUCAUCGUGGUCAUGUUGGCAGACAGAUGGUUUGGCUUCGGCGGUGAAGAAGUGGCCCAGACGGUGGGGGCCGAAAGGAUCAUCGCCAUCUUGAGCUUCAGCCUCUGGGUCUCCAGGCAGCGGAAGAAGAACGCUUCGGUCUUGCACUUGAAUCAGAGCGGCGAGUCCCACGAGAAGGAACGGGCCGGAACGGCCGUGGUACGGCGCCAGUGCCGAGGUUUGGUUUGGGGCGACCCGGAGGAGAAGAACUUGGAAGACUUCUCGCCCGAGGCCAUCGAUCAAGUUGGACGCCUGCGGGGCCGGCUGCGCUAUACCUCGGCGCGGCGCUUGUCGCCCACCGAGGAGAAGCUCUCGAGCGACGCGGUGGCCGUGUCGACCUACCUCUGGUUCAUUCACGACAUCGAUCCGAUCCAAGCACAAUAUGAAUGCAAGUUCACCAGCUACAUCGAGUGGAUCUGCCCCAAUGCCGUGCGGCUUCCGGCUCCCACGUCUGAGCUGCAAGAGGUCUUGGCGGAAUUGGGUGUGGAGGAUGCGGAGGACAUGGCCCGACACCCGUGCAGUGCAGAGGGCAUCACCUGUCAUGAAGGACGAGACAUCAUCGGCUUAGCGUUCAUUCGACGAGGUCUUCGUGGGAAGCUUUCCUCAAAGUUGGGCCAGUUGAAGAACCUCUUCUUCAUCGAUCUGUUUGAAAACCAUUUGACUGGCCCAAUUCCCAAGGAACUUGGAGAGCUGAAGUCUCUGAAUUUUCUGCGGCUGAAUGAUAACCUGCUCACUGGCGAGAUCCCCAAGGAACUUGGAGCGCUUAGCCGCGUGGAGGCCAUUUACUUGGCCAACAAUCAUCUGAUGGGUGAAAUCCCCCAGGAGCUUGGGCAGCUUCGAGAUCUGCAAACACUUGACCUGUUCGGAAACCAGCUGAUUGGCAGCAUUCCAAAGGAGCUUGGGCAACUGAAAGGGCUCCGAGUGCUUGAUGUCUCCAAGAACCAGCUCACUGGUAGGAUCCCCCAGGAGCUAGGCCAGCUUGUGGAACUGCAGAAGCUUUUUAUGCAACACAAUCACCUUGAAGGCAGCAUUCCAAGGGACCUUGGCAAUCUCAAAGUCCUUCGAACCCUAGCUCUUCAGCAGAACGAGCUCAGUGGUGAAAUCCCCGUGGAGCUCAGCCAGUUGCGUCUCUUCCAACUAUCGCUCGCGAAGAACAAGCUCAUUGGCCAUAUCCCCAAAGAGCUUGGCCAGAUAAGCUGCUUGGCAGAACUCUGGCUCUCGCAGAACCAGCUCAGUGGAGAAAUCCCCAAGGAGCUCGGAGAUCUGGCGAAUUUGACGACGUUGCUUCUGGACAGGAACCAGCUCACGGGGCCGAUUCCCAUGCAACUCAGUCAGCUUCAAGCCCUCGACUGGUUCAAUUUGGACAGCAAUCAGCUGACCGGUGAAAUCCCCAGAGAGCUUGGCCAGCUGAAGGCGAUGCGGGCAUUGACGCUGCGCCGGAACCAGCUGAGUGGUGAAAUCCCCAAGGAGCUUGGUGAGCUUCCUGCUUUGACCACCCUUGAUCUCGCCAUGAACCAGCUGAAGGGCCCAAUUCCCGCAGAGCUUGCACAGUUGAAGGCCUUGCGGAUUCUGUUUUUCGAUUCCAAUGACCUGGAGGGUGAAAUUCCUCCAGGUCUCGGGGGGCUGCCAGCUCUCAGUAAAUUGGAUCUGCGGAAGAAUCAUCUCACCGGCCCGAUUCCAAAAGAACUUGGAGGUCUUCAAGCACUUACAACCCUCGGGCUGUCAGAGAAUGAGCUUGAGGGAGUUGUGCCAAAGGAGCUUGGACACUUGGCGUCUCUGAGAAGUCUCUUCAUCUCUCACAACCAGUUGCAGGGCCGGCUCCCCAAAGAGUUGGGACAGCUGGAACAGCUUCAGGAGCUCUUUCUGGCGGAGAACCAACUCUCAGGCGAACUGCCAAAGGAGUUGGGUGAGUUGAAGCACUUGCGAACGCUGGUGCUCUACGAGAAUCAGCUGAGUGGACGCAUUCCCAAAGAACUGGCACAGUCCGAGGCCUUGGAAGAAAUCUUCUUGACCAAAAAUCGACUCGAGCAUGAGAUCCCCAAGGAGCUGGGACAGCUGAAGCAUCUUAAAUAUCUUCAGCUUGGUCAGAAUCGGCUCACUGGAUGUAUCCCACGAGAGAUUGGGCAGCUGAAGGCCUUGCGGAUUCUGAGCCUCCACGAGAAUGUCCUCAGCGGUGACCUUCCGAUUGAACUGGGUGAGCUUACACAGCUGGUCCGGCUGCUACUGCACCGAAACCACUUGCGGGGAAGCACCCGAGAGAUCUCGCUGGUGUGGAACGCGAAGCCCGUGUUGGAGGUCUUGGAUCUCAGCCACAAUGCCUUCACGGGAUCUUUUCAGUUCAUGAAUGGAAAGCUUCACGAGUCUUUCAGAAAGCUUCAAUAUUUGGAUUUGAGCCACAACAACUUUCAUGGCGGCCUUUCAGAACUUGCGGGGAUCUUUUGCCACAUCAGCCCGAAGGGUGGAUCCUUGCAAGAACUUCGUCUCAAUCACAACGACUUCACUGGUGAAGUGCCAUCAUGCUUGAUGCAAUUCCGGCGCUUGAACUUUCUGGCUCUAAACAAUAAUCGUUUGUCAGGAGCUCUCCCAGAGGUGACUGCACCCGAGUUGGUGAUUCUCGCGUUGCAUAAGAACGAACUCUCAGGAGUCCUUCCACAGAACUUGCACAUGCUGAGGCACCUUGGUGUCUUGACCCUGCACCAAAACUUCAUCGGAGGAAGCAUCAGCAACCUAAGCUUGACUGGUCCUUGCAUGGACAAUGCAAGGUUCCGACAUGGGGCCUUGAGCUGUUCUCAGCUUGGGUUCCUGUAUCGCCUUUUGCCCAUCUUCAAAGUGCGAAAAGAGUUGAGCAAGCAAAUUGAUGCGAACUGCCCAACCCUCAAUGAUGGAUGCAUCACCGCCCAUGGCACGGCCAAUCUGACUCUGCACCGAAACCGCUUCUCUUGUGAAGUGCCUGAAAGCAUCAGCCGGGUCAACGUGACCGGCCUGGUGGUGAUGGGCAACAUGCUGGGCUUGGGGAGCGAGUUGAAUUCAUCUUGGAUCCUGAAAGAAGAGAAGCAAUCCUUCCUGUAUUACUCGCAUGUGGUUUGGAGAUCCAACGUAUCUAUCCUUGCAGGUUUUCUGAUGUUGCUGAUCUUGGCGGCUGCGUGCCGUCCCCUGCGCCGGCGCCGUCUGGAAGCGACGCUGCGGAAUUUGGACGUGGGCAGCACUGCUCGAGUGGCCGCCUCCAACUGGGCCUUGCGGCCGGGAUUGGAUCUAGACGGGAUUGGCACGCUCCGGGUUGAGGGUCAAGUCUGA